AUGAUCAGCUUGAAGAAGCUCAUUGCCAUGGUAAGGAAGUGGAAGAAAAUGGCUGGCAUUAAUGGGAGGAGAAGCAUCCCAUGGCCACUGCCAAAACUCAGAUAUAGGCAGCCAGCUCACAAGGGUCACUUUGUUGUAUAUACUGCUGACAUGAAGCGGUUUGUGGUGCCCUUGCCUUAUUUGAGUUGCAAAAUCUUCAAAGAGCUGUUUAGAAUGUCUGAGGAGGAGUUUGGGCUGCCGACGGAUGGGCCGAUCACUUUGCCGUGCGAUGCGGCUUUCAUGGAGUGCGUUAUCUCGGUGGUUCGAAGCAGUGUCUCGGAGCUCGACAAGGCAAUAUCGCUAGCCUCUUGUACUGCAUCAGUCUCUGAAGGGUUAAGUUUUCGUCAAAUAUCCAUCCAUGGCUUCUGA